AUGAUUUGUAAUGCCAAGUUAAGCAAUUCUAGUCUAGUACCGGCAAAACUAAAAGAACACUUCCUUAACCUACAUGGAGAUGGGGAAUACAAGAACACAACGCUUGCUGAAUUCAAGAUAAAGAGAGCCAGAUUUGAUGAAAAGGCCACUCUGCCUGCUCUCGGUUUUGUACCCAUCAACAAACCGAUCCUAACAGCAUCGUACGAAGUUGCUUACCUGAUCACAAAGCAGGGCAAACCACACACCAUUGGUGAAACACUCAUAAAACCAGCUGUGUUGAAGAUGGCGAAUCUGAUGCUGGGAAAAGCAGCCGAAGUUAAAUUAUCACAAAUUCCUCUUUCAAAUGACACCAUCAACGACAGAAUAGAGGAUAUGAGCAAAGACAUCUUACCUCAAGUGGUUGCAGAUCUAAUUUCAAGCCCGACAAAAUUCAGCCUCCAACUCGACGAGACCACAGAUGUUUCUAAUCUAAGUCAACUUGCUGUAUUUGUGCGCUAUGUGAAAGAUGACAUGAUAAAGGAAGAUUUUUUAUUUUGUAAGCCUCUUACAACAACAACUAAGGCAGCCGAUGUGAAGAAACUUGUGGAUGACUUCUUCAGAGGCAACAAUCUUUCGUGGGAUAUGGUUUCUGCAGUUUGUACGGACGGAGCUCCAGUCAUGUUAGGAAGAAAGUCUGGUUUUGGUGCGCUAGUGAAAGCUGACACACCACACAUCAUUGUUACGCAUUGUAUUCUGCACAGGCAUUCGCUGGCAACAAAAACCUUGCCUCCAGAAAUGACGGAAGUAUUAAAAAUUGUAGUUGAAUGUGUGAACUAUGUGCGAAAUUGUGCGAUAAGGCACCGCAUUUUCAGUGAGCUGUGUAAAGAAAUGGGUUUUGAAUUCGAGGUACUUCUGUACCAUUCUAACGUUCGGUGGUUAUCCAGGGGACGGGUGCUGAAUCGUGUUUUUGCUAUGCAUGUGGAAUUAACUCAGUUUUUACAAGAGCACCAACAUCGUCAUGCAGAUUGUUUUAAAAAUUCUAGGUUCAUUCUCAUUUUAGCGUACAUGGCCGAUAUAUUCGUAGCUCUUAAUCAUCUCAAUCAGCAGAUGCAGGGUGGGGGAGUCAACAUCAUCGAAGCGGAAGAAAACCUGAAGGCUUAUCAAAAAAAGCUGCAGCUAUGGAAACGACGAACAAAGAAUGAUAACUUCGCAAACUUUCCCCUGCUGGACGACUGUGUAAGUAUGAUCGAAGAUGUGUCUGGAAUCGGAGAUAUUUCUGUACCUACGGAACUGAAGCAAGCAGUUGCCACGCACUUAGAUGAGCUUGCAAAGUCUCUCGACGGAUACUUCCCUACAAGAGAGUCAUAUCCAGCAUGGGUGAGACAGCCGUUUACGUUUGACAUUGAGACAGCAGAUGUCAAUGAUGAAUACCUCGACAAAAUCAUUGAAAUUAAGCAGAGCCAGAUUCAACAGCAACUCUUCAGAACAACAACGCUCUUAUCGUUUUGGUGUCGACAAAUGGUAAGUUAUCCUACUAUUGCUAGGAAAGCCCUGGAAAUUUUUAUACCGUUUGUUACAACAUAUCUUUGCGAGCAAUCUUUUUCGAGAAUGCUGGACAUAAAAACGAAGAAAAGGAACAGACUUUGUUGUGAAAAUGACAUGAGAGUGGCAAUUGCCAAGGUGAAGCCACGCAUUUCUGAACUGGUCUCUCAAAGGCAACAGCAGAAGUCACACUGA